GGGUCGCUCGGGUUUGUGGUUUUGAAAUUUCCGGCGGGGCGACCGCGGCGCUGAGUUAGGCUUGGACGUGAGAGCCUACGUGACGCCCUUCCGGGAGCCGCACAGCCGAGCUCCACGGGAGCGGGACUGAGGCUGAGGCGGCGCACGUGGGAGCGCCGCUGAGGAAGCGGCGGAGCAGAUACUGCUGCCGGCGGGGCCACGCGGACCCGCGGAGGUCCCGGGUGCGCGUGUCGUCCUUCCCAGCCGGCGCCCAUCAUUGACUUCUAUGCGCGGCCCCAGCGCCUCUGCCUAGAGAUGCUGUGGAGCCGGAACUUCACCGGAGUCGGCUGCCGCUUGACAAGCCUCCGCUUGCCUGUGCCGCUGGAACGGCGGCGCCGCAGCUGCCGCUGAUCACCUGGGGGAUGCCCGCGGGCCUCACGGAGCCGGCCGGUGCCGCUCCCCUCGCUGGUAUGAGCGCCUCCGGGACCUUGACAGGGGCCCCCGGCGGGGCUCUGCCCGUCGGGGUGGAGAGCACUUCCGUGGCCCUCGGAGCCGUGACUAAGGCUCCUGUCAAUGUCUGCGCGGAGUCCGCGGUGUCCCAGCCCCUGCGGCCCCCCGUGGGGACCCUGGUGACCAAAGUGGCUCCUGUCAGUGCUCUUCCUAAACUCAGUAGCGGCCCCGGGCUGCCUGCUCCUCAGAUAGUCGCCGUGAAAGCCCCCAACACCACAACAAUCCAGUUGCCAGCUAAUUUUCAGCUUCCUCCAGGAACGGUUUUGAUCAAAAGUAACAGUGGUCAGUUGAUGUUGGUAUCUCCUCAGCAAGCUGUAACAAGAACCGAGACCACAAGUAACAUAAUUUCAAGGCCAGCUGUACCAACGAAUACUCAAACAGUCAAAAUCUGUACGAUGCCGAAUUCCAAUUCACAAUUAAUGAAGAAAGUGGCAGUGGCACCUGUUAAACAAUUGGCACAACUGGGAACUACUGUGGUAACCACUGUUCCAAAGCCUUCCUCGGUACAAUCUGUGGCUGUGCCAACCAGUGUUGUCACAGUUACUCCUGUAAAACCGUUGAAUACUUUAACUAACCUGAAGCCUUCAAGUUUGGGAGCAUCACACACACCCUCAAAUGAGCCCAAUCUCAGAGCAGAGAACUCAGCAGCUGCUCAGACUAAUCUUUCUCCGACGAUGCUGGAAAAUGUGAAGAAAUGUAAGAACUUCCUUGCAAUGUUAAUAAAACUAGCAUGUAGUGGGUCACAGUCCCCAGAAAUGGGGCAGAACGUGAAGAAGCUGGUGGGACAACUUUUGGAUGCAAAAAUCGAGGCAGAAGAAUUUACUAGACAGCUGUAUGUUGAACUCAAGUCUUCACCUCAGCCUCACCUAGUUCCUUUUCUUAAGAAAAGUGUGAGUGCCUUACGACAACUCAUGCCUAACUCCCAGAGUUUUAUUCAGCAGUGUGUUCAGCAGACUUCUGGUGAGGUAGUCAUUGCUACCUGUACUACACCAGUAACAACUUCUGUGGUGACAACAACAGUUUCCUCAAUCCAAUCUGAAAGGGCAAUCAUUGUUUCUGGAGCAACAACACCCAGAACUGUGUCAGUACAAAGUCUGAAUUCACUUGCUGGUCCAGGGGGAGCAAAAACUGGAGUUGUGACACUUCAUUCUGUGGGUCCAACUGCUGUAGCAGGAGGAACAACAGCUGGAACUGUUUUGCUUCAGACUCCAAAACCACUUGUGACAUCUAUACAAAAUGCAGUUACAACAGUCUCACUUCAACCUGAAAAACCAGUUAUCUCUGGGGCAGGAGUAACGCUGGCCCUUCCAUCGGUAACUUUUGGAGAAACUUCAGCAUCAGCUAUUUGUCUUCCAUCUGUGAAACCUGUCAUUACUUCUGCUGGGACCACAUCUGACAAGCCUGUCAUUGGCGCUCCAGUCCAAAUCACACUUGCACAGUCAGGACCCAUCCUUUCACAGCCAGCUGGUAUUCCACAGACAGUUAAAGUCAAGCAACUAGUAGUCCAGCAGCCUUCAGGAGGCAUUUCAAAACAAGUGGGUACACUUUCCCAUUCCUCAGCAUUGACCAUUCAGAAACCUGCACAGAAGAUUCCAGUGAACACUGCAGUAACUACCGCUUCCAUUCUAAAGCAAAUUACCCUUCCAGGAAAUAAAAUUCUGCCACUUCAAGGAUCUUCUAUUCAGAAAAAUAAAAUAAAAGAGAAUGGAACAACAUCCUUGAGAGAUGAAGAUGACAUCAAUGAUGUGACUUUCAUGGCAGGAGUCAACCUCAAUGAAGAAAAUGCCUGCAUCUUAGCAGCAAACUCUGAAUUGGUUGGCACACUCGUUCAGUCAUGUAAAGAUGAGCCAUUUCUUUUCAUUGGAGCUCUGCAAAAGAGAAUUUUGGACAUUGGUAAAAGGCAUGACAUUACGGAACUUAACUCUGAUGCUGUGAAUUUGAUCUCCCAUGCAACACAGGAGCGAUUGCGAGGCCUUCUAGAAAAACUGACAACAAUUGCUCAGCAUCGAAUGACAACUUACAAGACAAGUGAAAAUUACAUCCUGUCUAGUGAUACCAGGUCACAGCUCAAAUUUCUUGAAAAGCUGGAUCAAUUGGAGAAGCAGAGAAAGGACUUAGAAGAAAGAGAAAUGUUACUUAAGGCAGCCAAGAGUCGUGCCAAUAAAGAAGAUCCAGAACAACUGAGAUUAAAGCAGAAAGCCAAAGAGUUACAACAGCUGGAGCUCGCACAGAUACAGCAAAGAGAUGCUAACCUCACAGCCCUUGCUGCUAUUGGACCAAGGAAGAAGAGACCACUGGAGUCUGGGUCUGGAAGUGAGGGCUUAAAAGACAACCUUCCUUCUUCUGGGACACCCAGCCUGACAGCUACCAGGCAGUUGCUUCGUCCAAGAAUCACUAGAGUCUGCCUCAGGGACUUGAUAUUCUGUAUGGAACAGGAAAGGGAGAUGAAGUAUUCACGAGCACUAUACCUUGCCCUUCUGAAGUGACCACUCCAUCUCCAUCCAGAUCCUUGCUGUUUACUGCCAAAGAAGACUUAAAGAGCAUCGUUGCAUUGUCCUGAAAUUUCAGUUUCUGGAAAAUAAUCACCAGUAGGGAAGACCAUUGUUUACAGUUAUAAACUUUUCUUAAAUCUUACUUCUAUAUCCCAUAGGGUUCUUAAUGACCAGAAUUCAACUUUGUCUUCUGAAAAUUGGUCAUGAAAUAUAGUUUACGCAGAAAUAGGCAUCUGCUUACCUGUGCAAUUAAUCAUAGCAAAUUAAGACCCUGUUUGUUACUUACCUGCUUUAUUUGCCAAACUGUUAACAGGUGAGGCGUCUUUCCCUAAGACAGCCUGGUUGAGGUGCAGGGGAAAGAGGAAGAGUCACUGCUUACCAAAGAAACUCUAUUCCAUCCUGUAUGAGACCUGUCUCAAACUGUUUAGGUUUUCUGGGCUGGAAUCAGAAGUUGCUUAGCUAAUCAUGAUAGUCGCCUUCUGUAGCUGAAGGUGACAAACCACAGAGUUAGGGCCUGUGGUGACUUUGGUCAGCUGAGUCGCAGUGUUGUCAAAACUGAGACUAAUGGGGAUGGUUUGUGCCUGAGGUUGCUGUUCUCUGGUUCAUGUCACCAUAUGCUGCAUCUGAGACCAAGUUAGGGGACAUCCUUGUUAGAGAAACCUUAGAAUUGGAGUUACUGAUAUACCUCAUUGAAAAAUGGAAAACGGGGAAGUAUCAGAAGGAAUGAUGGGGCGUUGCACUCAAACUGAUGAGGGAGAGAUGAAAAUGGAAUCAUAAAACAGGAAAUGCACUGCAUAUGCCUAAAGAGGGCAGUGGUGAAACUGGAACUCCAGUGCAACUGUACAUGUUUUGUUAACAGAAAACAAUUACAGCCCAACCAAAAAGGAAAAUGUUACCAAACAUUUCCAAAUUAUAGUAUUUCAAAAUGAAGUUCUUUGUUUUGUGUAUUAUUUUAAAUCUCAAGGACAGUUUUGUAAAAUCUUUUAGUCACCCUAUGUUUUAAGCAUCUUGUUGGAUUUAAAAAAAUCCUAAUGAUGAUUUAAAAAUUGCUAACAAUAGGGAUUCUAUUUUGGGUUCUAUGCUCAAAAGAUAAUGUUAGCAUCUCUUGGACUCUUGGCUCUACAUAUAUUAUGAGAAGCAUGUUACAUAUAUUCACCUGAGAAAGAAGCUGAUGUUUUGUAAAGCAAACACUGUUUUGUUUUGUGUUUUUUAAAUUCCACCUGUGUGGUGUGUAGCUGGUGACAAAUGCUGUGGUUACAGUCACAUAAAGAGAGAAUAAAUUCUCCAAGAAAGUUUUAAAAAAUGGAAAAGUAUGUUUCUUACAAAAAGAAUUCCAGGAAGAAAACACCUCAAGUAUGUUCUUCCCAUUGGGACUGUUAUGGCCAUGCUCUAUACUCUAGUAAGUUUUAAAUUGGCCACUUUUUUUUUGUUUCAGCAAGUUAUUAUGUAAAAUGUUAUAAAUUAUGUAUAUGUUAAGAGUACUUUACGAAGAGAUCUAUACCUAAAGUUGUUUUUGUAUAUUUAAAUGCUUAGCUUUAUUUUUUGUAAAGUGCAGCAUAUUCUCAUAUUUGUGUAUAAUCUUAUUGAUCAGAUGUUUAAAAUUAUUUCAAAUACUUCAUUAAAAUAAUUAUUUUAUUAUAAGAA